CUCCUGCUCCCGUUGCUUGUGCUGCAUUAGCCCUAGGCUACGUCUUUCAAGUUGGCAUAAAGCGAGGCCUAGAGUUAGGGCAAGGGUAAUAUUUGCCCCGCCGCUCUGGUCACCAACAGCUGUUUUCGGACCACAGUUGUUACCACCCUGAGAACCCAAAUUAUCUGUAACAAUCCAGAUAACAGGCUGUCCAGGCACGGAUGGGGUUACCAGAUUGGGGCAUAAGGAGUGUGAAUUAUAAGAGUUAAUUGUGCUCAAGGUGCGUCGCUUGCCCUGCGGGUGGCUGCGAGGAAAGUGAUGUGUGGAGAGAAAAGUGACGUAUAGGUCUCUGAAACACGGGAGCUAUAGGUUCCUAGUGUAGGGAGGUGGUAAAGUGUUGGACACUCGGAUGAAAGUUCAGCCUUUGUGGGAAUGCCAGUGUUAAAGUCUGAGCUGCUCGUCUUUGAAAAAAAUGAACACAAAUCCAUGAAGUACAGGAUAAUGUAAUCAAAGAAAGACGAUGGCGUUACACCCGCGAAGAGUUCGCUUGAAGCCGUGGCUGGUGGCGCAGGUGGACAGCGGGAUGUACCCCGGGCUCAUCUGGCUCAACCGCGAGGCCAAGCGGUUUCAGAUCCCCUGGAAACACGCGACUCGGCACAGCCCGCAGCACGAGGAGGAGAACACCAUCUUCAAGGCUUGGGCUGUGGAAACGGGAAAGUACCAGGAAGGAGUCGAUGAGCCAGACCCUGCAAAGUGGAAAGCCCAGCUCCGAUGUGCUCUCAACAAAAGCCGGGAAUUUAAUUUGAUGUACGAUGGCACCAAGGAGGUGCCUAUGAAUCCUAUUAAAAUUUAUGAAGUGUGCGAUAUCCCGCAGUCCCAGGGAUCAAUCAUUAAUCCAGGUUCCACUGGCUCAGCUCCCUGGGAUGAAAAGGAUAAUGAUCUUGAUGAUGAAGAGGAGGAAGAAUUGAAUCAGUCUCAGCAUGUCCCUAUUCAAGAGACAUUUCCAUUUCUCAAUAUCAAUGAUUCUCCAAUGGCUCCAGCCAGUGCAGAAAACUGCAGCUCUGAAGCUGUGUGGCCAAAGAAUGAACCUCUGGAUAUGGAAAUGCCACCAACUGCACUGCAGCAUGACUUCUUCAGCAGCCCGGAGCUCUGGAUCAGCUCUCUGCCAAUGACAGACCUAGAAAUCAAGUUUGAAUAUCGAGGAAAGGAGACUGGAGCGACGACGACUGUUAGCAACCCACAGGGAUGCAGACUUUUCUACGGAGAGCUGGGUCCCAUGCCAGACCAGGAAGAGCUCUUUGGGCCUAUCAGUUUGGAGCAAGUCAAGUUUCCAGGAACGGAGCAAAUCACCAAUGAAAGGCAGAAGAUCUUUACCAGUCGGCUGCUAGAUGUUAUGGACAGGGGACUGAUCCUGGAGGUCAGUGGCCAUGCCAUCUACGCCGUCCGGCUCUGCCAGUGCAAGGUGUACUGGUCUGGUCCCUGCGCGCCUUCCUCCACCACACCAAAUUUGAUUGAGAGGCAGAAGAAAGUCAAACUCUUCUGCCUGGAGACAUUCCUAAGCGAGCUGAUUGCCCAUCAGAAAGGACAAAUUGAGAAACAGCCACCAUAUGAGAUCUACUUCUGUUUUGGAGAAGAAUGGCCUGACGGAAAACCCAGGGAGAGGAAGCUGAUCGUGGUUCAGGUCAUCCCAGUUGUGGCCCGGAUGAUCUACGAAAUGUUUUCUGGUGACUUCACGCGCUCCUUUGACAGCGGCAGCGUGCGGCUCCAGAUCUCGACGCCCGACAUCAAGGACAACAUCGUGGCUCACCUGAAGCAGCUGUACCGGCUGCUGCAGAACCACCAGGAGGGGUGGCCCAUGCCGGCCCCCGCCAUGCACAUGGCGCAGCCGCUGCCGGCACAGUGACGCUCCCUCCACCGUGCCCCGUGGCUUACGUUGUACAUAUAAAAAAAGUCUUUCUUAACGAGUGUGCCUUGCCUUAAAUCCAAAUAAAGUCUGUAAAUCUGGUCAUCUUUGUUCAAUUUCAUCAGUCUUUUUGUUUUGGAAGUGGUGCAAAACGGAGGGGAUUACAGGAAUACCUCUAGCUGCUUCACUGUUUUCUGCUGUUUGCUUAAGUGGCUGAUAUGUAUAGAUCAGAUUUUCAAUUCUGUAAUAUUUUUUUUUUAAUCUGCUAUUGAUACAUUGUAUAUAAAUACCUGAGCAUUAGAGGGGAGAAAAAAAUAUCUGUGCUUUAUUAAAACCGCCUGGAGAAUAUCA